CACCUUUUUCACCUCACAUAUCACGAAUCUCGCAGACGCGCACUCUCUCUCUCACUAGCUUUCUCUCUCUACAAGUCUUCAUCGCCACAGGCUUGCUCCAUUUUUCUCACAAACCCUAGCAGAAAUUUGGGCUCAAUUUUUGGUCAGAUUGGAUUGAGAAGUCAAUCAAAAUGACGUGGACAUCUUCUUUUGUGAAUUAUAGCAGGAAUUGUGUUCGCUUGGUGGUGUUCUUUCGUGUGAUUCUGUAAAAUUUGAUUGUUUUCGUGAAAUAUCAUUUGUUGUGAAGGAAAUUUUUUGAUUCACUUUGUUGCUUAUUAAUACUGGUUGAGGAAGUGAGAAUGUACAUUGCAGUAACCUUAAAGAGAUAUCGAGCAGUGAAAGAAGUUGGGAAGAUUAAAAUGAGUGUUGGGAUCAUUGCGCAUUAUCAACUGAUGCAAGUUUGUCAGGCUGAGUAUUUCCGACAAUUGCUAAAACCUGUUACGUAGUUUAGUGUUGCAAAGCUCGGGGAUAUUGGGGACAUACUGCCUUGGUGUUGUGUUUAUACUGAGAGGGCAGUAACAAAAAUUAAAAAUCUGGUUCUGGUACUGUUUUUUUGGGUUAGACAGCAGUUUAUUCUCUUAUGGCAAUACCAUAAGUGUACUAUUUAGCUUUCUCGUCUCCUUAGGAUCCUUCACCCAAUUGAAAACCAAUUGCCACCAUCCCCAGUUGAAGAUAAAAAAAUUGCCAACUCAAAACUGCAAAUCCAUCUUUUCAGAUAAUUGUUUGUUCAAGAGGACUACUAAUGCAGAGGGACCAGCAGUUUUGUCCCGAAAAGGUGAUGCGACCUCUUGCAAAUGAAGUGGGUAACAAUUACAUGUAUAAUACCCCUGUUGAAUCUGCCUUUGGUGCAGUCUUUCCGCCAGGUGCAAAGGACUUGGGACCAUUCCAUGGUGUUGAGUUUCAACCCUCUGAUGUUUGCCCAAAGAAUUUUAUUAUCUUUGACCAGACUGAUCAUAGAAGCCAGAUCAUGUUUCAUCCAGCAAUUGCUCAGAAAUUCAACUGUCCCAGUUUAAAUCUUUGUGCAACUUACAUCCAUAACAAUCUGGAAAAGAGAGAAAUUAACAUUGACGAGGGAGAAGCAUCCUCUGCCCUGAAAGAGGAUUCAGAAGAUAUUGAUGCAUUGUUGAGCCUGGAGGAGGAAGACCAAGAAGAAUAUGAUGAAGAAGAAGUAAGCACAGCUCGAACUCAUGGAAACUAUGGAAGCAAUUGCGAAGAUACUUGCUCCAGUUAUGGUUCAAAACCCAGAAAGAUUAAGUUAUCAUCUUCUAUCCUGAAGUCAUCUAGCAGUGGCAGCAGCUGUAACAGUGAAAGGAAACGGCAGAAAAUGAAGAAGAUGGUGAAGGCACUGAGAGGAAUUGUACCUGGUAGCAGCCAAAUGAAUACAGUUGCUGUUCUAGAUGAAGCUGUUAGGUACCUCAAAUCUCUGAAGGUUGAAGUACAGAAGCUUGGAGUGAGUAAUUCGAAGAAAAUAUCUUGAAUCUAUGCUGCGGUAACAGCAAUUGAAUUCAAUCUAUUUUAUUAUGCUUCAGUUACCCUUUAUUAGUUGGGACUCUCUUUCUCUCUCUGUCUCUCUCUCAAAAGCAGGUUGGCAUUAUAAGGAUGAUAAUGAUCGAGUAUUUGGGAUGAGGGUCAUGUUAGAAAUUCCAGUUUCAAUGAUGCUUUCCUUAGUGGGAUGACCCCAGCUUGUUUUGUUUUUCACUUUGUUGGUGGGAAGGAUGGGCUGUGGGUGUUUAUGUGUAAUAUGCAAAACCUCUUCCACUUGGGUGUUAUCCUAUUUGAACUCUUUUCAUUUUGGUUGGCCAAUACAUUAAGUGCUAUAAUAAAGUGUACUUCGGAUUUAAUUAA